AUUUUAAAAAUGUGUUAACUGCAAAAUGAAUCAUUUUUGAAUGACAGAAUCAACAACUACACGAGACCAAGUCAAAAUGUCCAGUCAAGAGGAAGACAUUUCUAACAUCAAACCACCACCUGUAAACGAAAGCCCUACAGAUUGGAAUCAUAACAAGUAUCCCACGGAAAGAUCUCAAGUGGAAUCUACAGAAUCUUCACCAGGUCAAGAAGAUGCUGUUACUGAUGAUGCUAGUAUUACGGUCACUGUUAGCAAACAGCCUAACAAUAAAUUAAACCUGAACAUUAGCAAUAAACCACUCUCUCCUACAGAUCUGACAGCGAAUAGGCCAAACUCUGGACCAACCCAGUAUGAAGCUGACGUAACUUAUGAUCCAGAAAUAGAACUACAAGAAUAUUCAGACAACUGCAGGAAAAAUCCCUGCCAUGACCAGUUUGUGCCUGUGAAAGAUUUCAGCAUUGACAAACUACCUGAGCAGUUUAGGAAAAAAUGUAUGGUAAAGUUUAUAAAAGCAAUGGCGUUUCUCACUGUAAGGAUAACUACCUUUAACGUAAGCUUACGUAGGCCAGAAACUCAUAAGGGGAGUCCAUACCCUGGUUAUAAAGACAGGGGAGAAAAUAAAAUGUGUGUUAGAUAUGGAACAGGACGAGUCCAUUCUAUCAUAAAACAGACAGAAGAAGGUGAUAAGAAAUGUCCAUGUGAAUCUUGUAAGAAUUCCAAGUCUCAUCAUAAAACAUGGGGUUUGAUAACAGUUUAUACAGCAGCUCAUGUUGUGUUUGAUACUGAUGAAGCCGAACAGGCAAUGUUCAGAUGGGGAUAUGACAGUGACGAGGUUAGAUCCUGGGUUGAUUUUUCUGGGCUGGGAGCAAAUUCUGACAUAGACGGAGACACAUCAAAGGUCACUUGCAUUACUCAUGAUGUGGAGUUGAUUGACAAGUUACUGAACAUGACACAUCGCUACAGAAUUUGUCGGGAGAAGGUGAUCAAAGAGUUGCAGGCAGGAAGUGAACUCGUGAAGCUGGUGGUGCUAGUGUCUCACCCUCACGGCUGUCCCAAACACAUUUCUAUUGGUGAGUGGACGGAGCAGAUGAGCGAAAUCAAACAAACGCAUACACAAGUAUGUCAGUUGGAAGUUGGUGAUUUAAACUAUGAUCUAGAAAAUGAUUAUAAUGAAGAUUGCGAUCACUAUGAUGAUUAUAAUCAAGAAGAUGUUGAUGGUUAUAAUUUUGAAGACUUUGAUGAUCGCGAUGAUGAUUAUUAUCAGGAAGACUUUGAUGAUCGCGAUGAUGUAUAUUAUCAGGAAGUCUUAUAUGAUUUAAAUGAUGAUCAAGGAAACAUAGAAGAUCCCAAUGAUGAUUAUGCUUAUCAAGACGUAGAUUAUCCUAAUAUUGAUUGUGUUCAAGCUGACUUAGAAGAUCCAAAUGAUGAUUAUAAUCAUGCUGACUUAGAAGAUCCUGAUGAUGAUUAUAAUCAUGCUGUCUUAGAAGAUCCCAAUUAUGAUAAUAAUCAAGCUGAUUUUGAAGAUCCUGAUGAUGAUUAUAAUCAAGCUGACUUAGAAGAUCCCAAUGAUAAUUAUAAUCAAGCUGACUUUGAAGAUCCUGAUGAGGAUUAUAAUCAAGCUGACUUAGAAGAUCCUGAUAAUGAUUAUAAUCAAGCUGACUUUGAAGAUCCUGAUGAGGAUUAUAAUCAUGAAGAAUUCGAUGAUCGCGAGGAUGAUGAUUAUGUUAAGUAUUACACUAUUGUAAAUUCUGAAACCCUAAUCAAAUACAAAUUUAAUGCAUGCACAUGUCCUGGCAGUAGUGGUGCCACUGUUUUCAUCAAUGGAUCUCAUGACUUGUCAUGUGACUUCCCUCACAGUGGAGGGAACACAGACAGUAACUACACCGGUUAUGCCUUUCCUAAAGAAUAACAUGAGGCGAAUUUGAUAAAUCCCAGCAUAAUAUUGACUAUCAACUUAUUUUUAAAAAAAAUAAGUUUAAACAAUAUGCACAACAAAAUUAAAAAAACCCACAAUAAAUAAGUUUAUAUUUUAUAUUAAUAGAGGACA